AUGGCAAUACGGAAUCCUACUAAUACGUUGAUAUUGACGAACGUAGCUUCUGGUAUACUAGAGGAUCCUAGUCCUUUGGUCGAAUAUUUGUCUAAAAAUGGCUAUACCAUUGAGUUAGUCGCUCUACCUAAAUUUGGCAGGAUUUUGGUAAUAUGUGAUAUAACGGAAAAUUCACAAGAAGUGUAUCAGUCACUUAGACAAUCUAGUGAUUGGAAACACUUAGGGAUAACUUACAGUAUAAGAGAUAACCACUGGAGCAUUCUGGGUUCAGAUGCUGAUUUAUUUGCCAGCAAAGUGGACUCAAAAGACUACUUGGAACUUCCCCUGGAAGAUGGUAGUAGAAGAUUUCUCAUUUCGCCCCCACUUUCACCGCCAGCCGAAUGGGACCAUUGGGAUCAAGUUGAAGAGGGACCUAAUGCUAAAUCGGUCUACUCGCCCCAGGACUUGUCACAUCUUCUUUGGGAAAGGUUAGGAGGACUUCAAAGCUCAGAUGUCCGUAAAUAUCAAGAUGAAGAGAUAGAAGAAAAUGAAUAUGAAGUUAGAGACAUGAAAACAGAACCAGAAGUACUAUUCGAAGAUAUAGAUAAUGGGGUUCCUGCAAUAGUACUAGAUACUGUGAAUAACAAGAACAAACCCAAUUAUGCGCCGAAAAAACCGAUUGCAAAGACUUCAAUCCCUCCCCCUUUAGAAUAG